CAAAUGAUGUUGUAGUCAAGCUCAUAGACACCUUCGCUCAUAUUAGGAUCCAUGUCUCAGAUUAUUCCACAUAUAGAAGAAGAGAUGGCUUCCUCUGUUUUCUUUUUUCUCUUGUAUUAAAAAACUUUUACAAAAAUUGGCUUCCUUUUUUGCCUUUUUUUUUUUUUCAAUUUCUGUAUUUUGUUUGAGAGAGAGGAAGAGAGUUGGCUAUAGGAAGGUCCAAGAAGGUUCUUUUCUCUGGCAACAAAACUAGCUUCUUCAGUUCAAGCUCUCAGGACCAUUUUCAUAAGACAACAGUGCAUUAUUCUGCUCUUUAGCUGUGUGUUCUCUUUUUCGAACUCCCAGUUGAGACCUUUUGAUUGUGCCAUUUUCAUGUCUAGACUACAAGAACAUGAUUACAUAGGCUUAGCAGAGACCCGUUCCAUGGAAAUCUCUGAAAAGAGUUCUGGUCUCAACUUGAACUUGAAGGAGACAGAGCUCAGACUUGGGCUUCCUGGUUGUGAGUCUCCAGAAAGAAAGUCAACAAGUGUGGUAUCUCUGUUUGGGAAGGAUUUGAGGAACGUUAUUUCUGGGUCUAAGAGAGGCUUCUCUGAUGCUAUAAAAGAUGGGUCCUCCAGGAAAUGGGUUUUCUCUGCUAGUGAUGAUGGAUCUGACUCCAUUCUUGGUUCAGAAGGUAAAAGAAAUAAUGCCCACAAGCCUUCUUCUCAAUCUGCCAAACCAAGCCAUUAUAAGAAGCCUGAGGUUUCUGCAACAAACGAGCACGCUAGUCCUCCUUCUGCAAAGGCACAGGUUGUGGGGUGGCCGCCAGUUCGAUCCUUUCGGAGAAACACAAUGGCUUCUAGCUUGACAAAGAACAUUGAAGAUGAAGAAGAGGGAAAACCAGAACCAUGUGGUUGUCUUUAUGUAAAAGUUAGUAUGGAUGGUGUUCCAUAUCUCAGAAAGGUUGAUCUCAGAAUGUACACCAACUAUAUGCAACUUUCUUCAUCUCUUGAGCAAAUGUUCAACUGUUUCACCAUUGGUGAAUGCAAUUCUGGUGGAUUUGCUGGGAAAGAUGGUCUGAAUGAGAGCAGAUUGAAGGAUCUUCUUCAUGUGUGUGAUUAUGUUGUUACGUAUGAAGACAGAGAUGGAGAUUGGAUGCUUGUUGGCGAUGUCCCAUGGGAGAUGUUCCCUGAAUCAUGUAGGAGACUGAGGAUCAUGAAAGGUUCUGAAGCAAUUGGGCUAGCUCCCAGGGCCAUGGAAAAAUGCAGGAGCCACAAAAACUGCAGAAGAACCAAUUAGACUAUUAAAAGAGGAGCAUUUUGAGUUUUGGGUUCUUGUUGAUCCAAAUCAUCACAUGAUAUAAAAAUCCAUUGUUUUUUAUUUUUUUUUUGGGGAUGCACCAUCUAUGGACUGACUUUACAAAGUUGUUCCAUCAAUUUCUUGACGGCAAACGUCCUUAAUUAGAUAGUAGUAUAUUAAUAUAUACACACCUUGUUUGUUAAUCUAUUUUGUUUUUUAUGUUGGUUGGAUUCAUGUUACUGUUAUAAAAGAGUUGCUUUUCGUGUAA